CAGAUGUCUCAUCAAUAGAAGCGCCAAACACGGCGUUGUUUCGAAGUUUAUUUUUGUUAAUUUUCCAUUGAAUUGUUAAGAAUCCAAUUGUGCAAAGAUGGAGGGAGUUGGAAAUUUAAUUGACUUGACCGAAUGGGACGAGCCCAGCAAGGAGACGUCGCCCGAGAUGCCAGGGGACUUGGUCGCUGCCUCAAACUUUGAGGGACCUUACGAUCCGUUUGAUUUGAUGGAGAAGGAAGCCUGCAUUAAGGGAAUGACCCUAAAGACGCUGGCCAAGGAAAAGGUGGCGAGUGCCGAAGGGGGAAUUUGCCCGGAUCUUAAUAACGAAAGUCCUCCCAUUUGCAUGCAGUCGGACGGAGAAACUCCGCAAAGGCGGCGAUCGAACAGCUCGUUUCAAAAGCAGCUGCUUAAACUGAACGCCUCGCGGUCCAUGACAAACACUCCGCCCCAAAAUCGGUCCAAAUCGGACAUCGAAAAGACAAUCCUGCACGAAAACUGGCAGAUGCUGGCGGCAGAGUCACCUUUGAAACUUAUUGAAGACGACGACGUCAUGUCGACCAGUAUCGACUUCGAGGAAGACCUUAGAAUGCUACGCAUACCGAUUUUGGACGAACCUAAAUCAGAUGAUAAGGUUGAAGACAAAGUGAAGGAAGGCCCAGGACUUCAUCGAGAUGAUCAAUUCAACGAAAAGGACUUCAACAAAAUUUUGCAGCAGGUGAAAACAAUGGCCCACGAACGCGUUGAGAAGACCAAGUGGCAUUUGAUUGACUCGGCCAUCGAAUCCAUUGCUGCGGUCGUUUUUGGUCCGGAUGUCCGGAAUGCCGAUCAAGUCCCACAAUCGCCCUAUUCAUACACUCGACAGGGAACAUUCGACCUCGAACUCCAGGGCACAAAGACAAGGCGUUCUUUUGAUACUACGCAGGUGCAGGAAGAGGAGAGCGGGUGCACAUCGGUGGAGCCUGGCAGCAAAGUUGACAACUUUCCAGACGCAAUGGUCUGCUCUGCAGCCACCUUCGACGGCGAGUCUCGUUUGGACCCUUUCGACAAGGACUUGCUUCCCUCCCUGCCUUCGAUUCCUUCCAUUCCAGUGGCCAGAAAGGAGCCGUUCAUGACUGAGUUGGUGGACGAGACACUCGCUCUGCAGAUCAACGAGUUGCUGGAGCGACACAAGCUCUCAAAGACUGCGGUCGGUGAUCAGGAACAGCAGGGCGUGGAUCCCAGGACAGUCAUUCUGUUGGUGAAUCCCAGCAGCUACGGCAGUCAGGUUGCUUACGCCUCCAGCUGCAUUGGAAAGCCGGAUCCUAUGCCACUGAGUGAUUCCAAUUCCGCAGGCUCUAUGCGCCGCCGAUCGUCCUCGCUGUCCAUUCAGGACAAAUCGAAGUUGCCUAGGGAGGUUCUGAAGUCCGAUCGCCAGGUGGAAAACCUUCCGCCGCCCAGGGAAGCCAAAAGCACUGCCACUGUCGGUCCGAUGAGCGCAGCAGCUGCAUUUCGUCAGAGGAGCAAUUCCUUCUCCACGCCCAGCAAUCCGUCCACGAAGGCCUACGAGAACAGGCGCACACUGAUGAGCAGCCGCAUGAAGACCCCAUCGAUAACCGAGACGGUGGGCAGAUCCAAUGGAACCGCUAAGGUGGCGAAGCCCAUCAAGCCCGUGAUUCCAAUUAUGAAGGUGACCGCAACCAACGAGUCCACAUACCUGAACCCCGUCCAUCCACGAGUCCCAGAGACGCCCAUGUCCACGAGGACCAAGCCCGUCCAGAAGAUGUCCUGCACGAGCACGCCGCUCCCGCAAAUGCGUACCCAGCAGCGCAAGUCCCUGAAGCCCUUGGGCUCAGCCAGCUCAGGAUCUUCCCUUUCAAAUGUUUCCUACUCGACGCCAAACUUCAGGCGGCCGAGCAUCUCGAAAAAGACCGGUUCCGGGUAAAGUGCAUGGCGUGCAGAUAGAAAGCACCUGCUUGUCCCGUGGCUUGUCCCGUGGUGGCGCAAUGUCGCCUGAAAGUGAAUCCAAAUGUGAUGUCUGAGGUCAAGUUUUCAACCUUGAAGAUAAACCCACAAUGUGAAUAAGGCUUGGCUAUCUCUUAAUACAUAUAUAUACUUUUUUUCCUUUUCCGCUGACGUCACAAGAUAAAGGGAACUGAUAUGCAGUCUGUACUAAGUAUUAAACGUUAGCUAAUUAUUUUUCUUUCCGAACGGAUAAUCAGUGUAAUCAUACUCUUCAAUGUACUUUCCAUUACGAAUAUUAGUUCUUAGUUACUUGGUCUUUCUCUUGAAAAUCUACCCAUAAAGAAUAAGUCAACUGCGAAACAUAUCCUCUUUAAGUCUGUUUAAUAAUAUAUUCUUGCUUUAUUUUAAAUUUUCCAUAAAGUAGUGUCUAAUAAAAUGAGAUUAUAAGUAAAGGUA